GAAAAGGGGCUUCGAAGAUGGUGCGAUUACAGCCAGACCCAUUCCUCAAUGAACUGACGAGUAUGUUUGAGCGAACUACUGAGCAUGGUUCCGUUUGGGUUACGCUCAAACACUCUUCUGAUAAAUCUAAAGCCCAACGGAAUAAGAUGAAGACAGCUGGUGAAAAUCUUGAAUUUAAGUGCCUCAUCCGAGCAACUGAUGGGAAAAAGAAUAUUUCCACAAUGGUUGGUGCAAAAGAUCACCAGCGUUUCCAAGCAUCUUAUGCAAUUUUGCUGAAGGCCCGCUUGACUGCACUAAAGAAGAGGGAGAGGAAGGACAAGAGGAAGGCUACUGAUUCUGACAAAAAGAUGGAUAUUUCGAAAAAGAAAUCUGCUGCUGCUAAAGCCUCUACAUGAACUUUAGUCCUUUGGUUCAUUUCCCCCAUUUUGUUUCUAGGAUAGAGUUGUAGGAUUUGAACCCCGUCCGUUUGGGGCGACAAGUCUGAAACUGCAUUACAACUUCUGCUGCAUAGAAUGAAGAAAGGAGGUGUUUUUACUCAAUUUGAAGAAAUUUUGUCAUAAUCUUGACCUUUAAUUCCUUGAGCAACAGCUUUGGCAAUUGAAAGUAGAGGGGACCAAAUUAAGAGUA